AUGGGAAACCAGUUGUCGGAGUUCAAAGAGUCAUGGAAGGAAAAGCGAAAGGAGGAGGCGUUCAGUAAAAUAGAAGAAGUCAGGUCAAAGUUAGUUGACCGGUCGAAUUAUGAGGAGAAGACCGGCCUCGAACGGCUCAAAGACUUUUACGAUCUGGAUAAAGUGUCCUUGGAACGGUAUAUUGUGACUGAAGGGACGCGGCGGACGUUCUACAUCACAUUUAUUAUCGGAGGUCUUCUGAAUUUCAAAGAAGUCGAGAAUAGGGUGGAACUUUACGCUUCCGGGAAGAACUUUGGCAGUCCUAGGAAUCAAAUAGUAAGUAUAUGAUUUUUUUAUCUGUAUUUGAUUGUGUUGUUAAGAUCUUAAGAUAUUGCUUGAAGAAAAACAUUGUUUUAGAUAUGUUUAUAAAAUAUUUUUAGAUACGAAAGACAGAUUUCAAAAUUUUGCAAUUUAUGAAAAACGGGUUCAAAUACUCUCUCAAGUGCUCAUUUAUUUGUGGAUUGGUACUGUAAGUUAUUUUUUUUAAUUUUUAGUUAUCAAUCUUUACAGUAUGAAAUUGUUGUCUCAACAUAUGGAUCGUACUAUUAUAUAUUGUCAUAUAAACUGCUUUUAGAGUAGCCAACACGCACGCGAUACUGUUAACGAACCGGUUUCAGUACUGGUACCCUCCAGUUGUGACAGGUGCGUCAAAUAUGCUUUUUCAAGCAGGUUGGUGAACAUUCUUACAUUGAUUUCAUUUCAGCAUCAGCUCUCAGUGGAAUCGCGACGCCUUUGGGGAUUAAUGGAAUAAUACAGGCUGGAAUUCUGGGAGGUACACUAGGGUACGGUACUAUUUGUAGUUUCCAAGUGAUUUUUCAUUUUUGAGGUCAAAUUUUAACUCUAAUUCUAAGUUAAUAUAGUAACUUUGACGAUGAUAACACAUUACUUUACUUAAAUUUCAGAGGAAUGAUAUCUAGCGUCAUGUUCCUUCUGGGACUUUACAAAAACGCCGACUCUGCCAAUGAUACCUAUAACAUCUGUCGAGAAACAUUGGAGGCAGAAAUGGAUAAAAACCAGCAGCGACAAACAAAGAUUAGGAACUAUAUGUACAGUGAAGGGAUCAGUGUUAUGGCGAGGGCUGAGCACCUUUUGAAACAGAAGGAAGAAGAAGAAAAGUUGAACUCUGGGUUAGAUAACAUCAGCGACUGA